AGGCAGAAAAACAUUCUUCUUUAUCUGCCGGCCGUUAGUGGAAAAAUUUUUCAUUCACCUGCAAACUGCAACCUGCCUGCACUGCCUGCAGGUUGCAGGCAGUUUACAAUGCAGGUGAUCAGCUCUGUUCUUUGUAUAUUUGAUCGAUCUGCGCAAAAGUCAAGUUGCUGUAUCAAAAUAAGAGCUCAAAAACUUGACAGUAAGUCGGAAACUGUACAACUGUACAACUGUGUAGCAAGUAAACUCGAAAACAAAUACGUCAAUUUUUGUAGAGAAUUCAAUUCUCUACAAAAGCAUAUUUUUAGAAAUUUGUUUUAAAAAAUGUUUUUCACGGGUGGCAGCCCUUAAACUCGUUACGAGAUGAAAAAUACUAACGUCUUCUUUUAGACUGAGAAGCUGUUUUGAACUCGUUACGAGUCCAAAUGAGUGUUCACAUAGCAUAGCGGAGACAUGUUCGUCAGGACGGGACGGACGGCGGCGGGGGAUGGCAUGAUGAGAGUGAAUGGACAUGAACACUACAGCACCAGCUUUUUAAAGCCGUACGAGUUCAAAACAGCCUUCCCUAAACUAUCUUAGAACAUAACACUAAUAUAACACUAAUUUUCAUCUCGUUACGAGUACGAAUUUAACAUGAAGUCAUGUUUUUGGUUCAAACAUUAAAAAUCCGUUUUCUGAAGAGUUCAAAACUAGGUUUUUUGGAUGAAAAAUGAACUUUUUUUGAAAAACGAGUUUUAAACGGGUUCUUAGAAUAAAAAACUGAAUCUAAUCAUGCGUUCAAAACUUUGAAUACAGAAAAAAAAAUUUUUCAAAAACUUGAUCAGCGAAGUGUACCGUUGCGUGAACAAGCUGUAGAGAGGUUCAUUUUUAUGGUCCAUAUAGGCACCACAUCGACGACAACGAUAACAGCAACAACAACGACCACAAUUAUAACACCUAGUUUGACUGUUACAGCAAGCACAAUUACUACAACAGAAAGUACUUCGAUGGCGACAGCGACUACUACCACCAGCACUACCACUACUAUCACUACGAAAGACUGUUACGUUUGACGAUUUACCGGUAACAACAGUUUAUCCAGCACUUCCAUCUUCUCUUUAUGAUAAUUUACUGUGGACAAAUGGUCACUAUUUGUGGGCCACUCUAACUCAAUUUCCUACUAGUGGUUAUCCGAUACUGCUAACAUCAGGUAAUCAGACAGGUUGGUAUCAAGGUAAUUCAAUGUUAACUAUUCAAUCAAUAACCAAUUGUACAACAUUUACAUUUAAUUCCGUUUUGAUGAUUGCUGGAUGGACAGCAACCCUCACGACAUCCAUUAUCGGUUAUUAUAAUACCACAAGAUUAUAUAAUCAAACGCUUACACUGACUAAAACGACAAAAUAUCUAUUCACUCCCAAUUGGUCCGGUAUCAAUAAAAUUACAAUGUUUACAGCUGGAACUCCAACUACUGAUGAUGUUGGUAUAGAGAAUUUAGUUAUCACAUAUAGUUAA